AGAAAGUCAGCUACAACACAUACUCUACUCAUAUUUCUUUGGAAUUAAAGCAGAUAACAACAGGAUGUCCAACCUCGCCGGCAACGUCUAUGACAGCAGCUACAUCAGCGACACCCGCCCUGAACUUAGAGACCAACUCCCCGUCCAGGCCGACCAGGCGGACUACGACGAUCCUGUGCAGCCCCCGUACUCGAACUCAAAUCAGCAGCUUGAGGAGGAUGAAAACGAGGCCAUUAACAAAUCGAACAUUUUGAAGGGUGAUCGUACGCGUCAUGCUAAGCCGCAGUCUGCGAAUAGGUACAAUGAGGGACCCGGUGAGGAUGACUUGCCUGAUUAUGUGAGGUAUGGUACCUCGGGUGUUUCUGGGACGAAGAGGUUGAGUUAGGUGCGUGGGGGAUGGGUUGAAGCUGUGUUUUAUAGUUCUUGCAUUUGUGUAUUAUCUUAUGAAAUUGAUGUAAUUGUAUUGCAGUUGACUAAGUCGAUGAUUAUUCUAGGGUCUAGUAAUUACGGUAUGUCGUUGGGACUCUCGGCUUAGUGUAGUAUGUAGUCUUAUCAGUUGCCGAUCAUAAAUGCAUGAUUUCCUUUUCGG